GCGCGCGGGCUCUCCCGCCCUCUUCCACACCAGCAUUUCCUCGAGGGUUCCGCGGCGGAGCAGUUCGCGGAACUGGAGGCCGCAGCUUCCGACAAAGGCCCCAUUCCGUGCCGCUGUUUUCUGUUGCCAUCCUUGGAUUAUUUUCACGGAGCGCGGGCGUACGAGGAGGAGGAGGAAAGGAAGGCCAUGGGUGGAACUCCGCGCCCCGACCUGGUGGGCACCGCUCCCCCGGGCUUCCCGCCGUUGCCGAAAUCCGCAGCGAGCUCGGCAGCGCCUUCCGACGGCGCCAGCUCGGUGACAUGCUCGGUGGAAUCGUCCCUCCCUGGUGGCGGUUUCGGCGCGAUAGCGGGCCAGGAGGAGCCGGAGGAGGCGAAGCCGCGAGGGUAUGGGUGCGAUGGAUCCGAAGCUUCCAUACAUGAGCGGCGAAGAGGCAGACCGCCGGGCAGUCGGCGGCUUGGUGAAUGGAUUGUUACUUCAGCUGGAGUUGGUUUUACUCCCCAUGUCAUGAUGAUUGCAGUAGGUGAGAACAUUUCAGAGAAGAUUAUGUCAUUUUCAAAGCAGGGACCCAGGGCUGUUUUUAUCCUCUCAGCAUAUGGUGCUGUGUCCACAGUAACGCUUCACAAGCCUGGAACUUCUGGCAUCAUGGUCACUUAUGAGGGCCUUUUUGAGAUACUUUGCUUGUCUGGACUGUACUUGCCAACAAAUAAUGAUGGAUUACGUAGCCAAAGUAGAGGGCUAUGCAUCUCUCUUUCUAGUCCUUAUGGUCGAGUGAUUGGUGGACUUGUCGGUGGAUCACUCAUAGCUGCCAAACCUGUACAGGUGAUUGUAGGAAGUUUCAUUUAUGCUGGAUCAAGUGCACAGGACAGAAUAAUUACAGAAGAUGGAAGGGAUGAUGUUUCUGAACAUCAGAUUAGGGAUAAACAAGGCAAACCAUUCAGCGUGCCUCCAAAUCAAGACAUUACUCCAAAAUGAAGGGAGGAUUGCCUGGUCCAUAAUGACUUGACCCAAGAUUAGCUCUUUGAUUUUGCAUCUGGUUGCUAAAUGGUGAUCUUUCAAAAGGAGCAGACAUAGUGGACCUUGUGGGAGUCACAAGACUAGUAGUGUUUCCUUGCUUAAUCGUCUCUUUGAUAUGUUCUUCUGUAGUGCCUCGUGAUGGUGCAAUGUUAUGUGGCCACCCUAGUGAUCAUGUUGGAUUGAAGUGAACCAGCCUAUUUCGUAUUGUUCACUCAAGUUCGAUCAUGCCUGUGCAAGUAGCAUGAAUUCCUGUAGAUUCUGUGAGCAGAUAAAUGCAGGUUUUUUUGUUUUUUGUGUGUGUUUCUCAUUUGGAAGAAUAAAUGUAAAUUUAGGUUGUGGCUUGGGAGCCAAAGUGUCAUGGGCAGUAGUCAUCGUCUCUAUCAAGGAAGAACAAGACUGGGUACCAUUUCCACUUGUGCUUCCAUCCUCCAUCGACUCCAAAGAAUGUAUUCUCUUCCUUUCUCUACCGAAAACCCAAGAGACGGAGAAGCGGGGAAGGUAUUUUCUUAAGUGAAGGUACAAGCUGUUGGAAGCUGCUCUACCAGUGGACUUCGUCUUGGGGGAAGAAGAACGCGGAGUCAGAUGGCAGUCACCCCCCGGCCCCUGACGAGACCUCGCACGCCAGGAAGCCCUCGGUGGUCUACACUUGCGGACCUUGCGG